UCCAAAUAUAUAUAAAUUAUUAUUAUUCAUCAAUCAAUACAAAAAUAACAAAAAAUACCUUUCGUCGCUAUCUAUGCUCCCCCAAACCACCACCGUCGCCCAUCGGAAACACUCGUCACGGAUGAUCCAAAUCUCCACAAACCGCGGAUAAGUGAUAACUCGAAAUGGGAAUAUACCUAAGCACGCCUAAAACUGACAAACUUUCUGAGGAUGGUGAGAAUGAGAACCUAAGAUAUGGGCUGUCAUCCAUGCAAGGGUGGCGUACGUCAAUGGAAGAUGCUCAUGCUGCUUAUCCUGAUCUGGACUGUUCGACAUCGUUUUUUGGCGUUUAUGAUGGCCAUGGAGGUCAGGCAGUCUCCAAGUUCUGUGCUAAGUAUCUUCAUCAACAAGUGAUCAAACAUGAAGCUUAUUCUAGUGGUGAUAUUGGCACUGCUAUCCAGAAAUCUUUCCUCAGAUUGGAUGAAAUGAUGUGUGGACAACGUGGUUGGAGAGAGUUGGCAAUAUUGGGAGAUAAAAGAGAUCAGUUUAGUGGCAUGAUGGAAGGAUUAAUUUGGUCUCCUAGGAGUAGUGAAACCAAAGGUCAAACUGAUGACUGGCCUGUUGAGGAGGGACCACAUUCUAACUAUGAAGGGCCCACAUGUGGCAGCACCGCUUGUGUGGCAGUCAUUCGUAAUAACCAACUUGUUGUGGCUAAUUCUGGUGAUUCUCGUUGUGUGAUAUCUCGAAAGGGUCAGGCAUAUAAUCUGUCAAAAGACCAUAAGCCUGAUCUCGAAACUGAGAAAGAAAGGAUAUCAAAAGCUGGUGGUUUUAUUCACUGUGGUCGAGUUAACGGGACUUUAAACUUGACAAGGGCUAUUGGGGACAUGGAACUGAAGAAGGAUAAAUCAUUGCCUGCUGAAAAACAAAUUUUGACCGCUAAUCCCGAUAUAAACUUGGUUGAGCUUUGUGAGGACGAUGAUUUUAUUGUUCUUGCUUGUGAUGGAAUAUGGGAUUGCAUGUCAAGCCAACAGCUGGUGGACUUUGUACUGGAGCAACUAAAAACUGAAAGUAAGCUUUCAACGAUCUGUGAGAAGGUAUUUGAGAGGUGUUUGGCACCCACGUCGGGUGGUGAAGGCUGUGACAACAUGACUAUGAUUCUGGUUCAGUUCAAGAAAAACCCAAAUUCUGGUCCUUCAACUUCAGAUCAACAGCCUUCGUCUGAUCAACCAUCUGAAUCAUCAGACGGCAAAGAUAAAUCCGGGGCGAAUUAGUGGUAAUACUAUAUUCUUCAACCAAACAUAAACUUUUUUAUACUUUUAUUUGGGUGUCAUAUUGUCGAGAAUCCAUCCGUGAUAAUAUUCUUUUACUUUGAUAGGGAAAAUUGCUUUAUUUGUACACAUCUUUUCUUCACUUUUGAUUA